UGACAUCGCCUCGGGAGCUGACUAGCAAAAUAGCUAAAAAAGUCAAAGCAAAGAAGUUUUUGGAAGUAUUCAAAUUUCAAAAGCAAACACAUGAGACCAUUUUGUUUAAUGUUUCAAAAAAAAGUACCUCGUGCACUGGGACGGUUUGCAGUAGAGUGUGAUGCGACGGGGAUAUGAGAAUCAGCACCUCCAAAUCCGAGGCCAUGGCGCUUGACCGGAAACGGGUGGCUUGCCCUCUCCAGGUUGGAGGAGAGUUUUUGCCCCAGGUGGAGCAGUUUAAGUAUCUUGGGGUCUUGUUCACGAGUGAGGGAAGGAUGGAGCGUGAGAUUGACAGAUGGAUUGGUGCGGCGGCAGCAGCAAUGUGGUCGAUGUACCGGUCUGUUGUGGUAAAGAAGGGGCUGAGCCAAAAGGCAAAGCUCUCGAUCUACCGGUCAAUCUACGUUCUUACUCUCACCUAUGGUCAUGAGCUUUGGGUCAUGAACGAAAGGACAAGAUCUCAGAUACAAGCGGCCGAAAUAAGCUUCCUUCCCAGGGUGGCAGGGCGCACCCUUAGAGAUAGGGUGAGGAGCUCUGUCACACGGGAGGAGCUCGGUGUAGAGCCACUGCUCCUCCAUAUCGAGAGGAACCAGUUGAGGUGGCUCAGACACCUGUUCUGGAUGUCUCCUGGAGGUCUACCUGGGGAAGUAUUCCGGGCUUGUCCCACUGGGAGGAGGCCCCCGGGGAAGACCCAAGACACGCUGGAGGGACUAUGUCUCUCAGCUUGCCUGGCAAUGCCUUGGGGUUCCCCCGGAGGAGCUGGAGGAAGUGUCUGAGGAGAGGGAAGUCUGGAGUUCCUUGCUGAGACUGCUGCCCCCGCGACCCGGCUUCGGAUAAGCGGUUGAUGAUUGAUGGAAGUUUCACAAUAUUUUAGUUAUUUUUGUAUUUCUGAUCGAAUGAAUGCAGACUUGAUGAUCAUAAGCGACUUCUUUCAAAAACAUUAAAAAUAGUAAUGUGUCUAAACUUUUGAUUGGUAUUACGUAAGUAAAACUGUACAAAUUUUAAAAUGAAAUGUAUAAAUAAAAUGUUUAGGAAUCAUAUUUGUUUCAAGUACUUUUUAUUGACUGUGGGAGGGCUCCAAAUGUCUAGAACCGGCCCUGGACAACACUUUGUAAUUUUAUGGCUUCAAAGAUAGAAUUUGGAGGACAUCUGCUUUACUUAUAUUAAUGCUUAAAUGUGUAAAUUAGUUAAAAAUAAGUAAACAGAUUUAUUGUUUAUUUUGGCAAAUCUGUUUC